GUGUAUUGUAUGUGUCUGUUGUUUUAGUGUGGCUACCGAAUUUCUGAAAACGCCAACAGUGUGACGUGUUCGUUGCAAAAUCAGUAUGACUGUUGGUAUUGAUCGAACGAAUGGACUGCUAGAGGGAGCGAGUGAAUGAUUCGACUGAGACCGACUGAUCCACUUGGUCUUAUGUCGCUCCAUCUUUAACAAGCUUCUUCUGGGCUCAUUUGCUAAAGAUUUCCAUACGCCCUAAGCCAUGUAUACAAGAUGGUUGUGUCAUCGGAGAAGAGUGAAGGUCUCAUAGGAAGGAAGUUGUGAUAUCUUGUUUUCUUGUACUUGAACUUUUCACUUUACGACAUGUGUGUGUGCAGAUACUGCAAUCUAGUUUGAGUCAUCUAUUUUUUAUUAAGCUUAACCUACCCCCUGCCUAACAUUUGACUCCUUGACUGGGAAAUAAUCGAAAAUUGGCAAGUAGGUCCAGGUAAUUUCGAGCUAUUGAUCUCUGCUGCCAUACUCCACACCUGUCAGAGGACAGCCCAGACUGCUUGUCUGGUAGGAGCCGACGCGUCGGGUUGAAGUCCCUCGCCGUGGAUUUCUAUUUCGAUGAUGCGCAAAGGUGACAAUAUGUAUCGAGGCAUUAAACUUUCAAUGGACAAGGCAAUUUGUGGGGGCCCAUCUCCCAACGAUCAGAGCCCCGGGCCAUGAAUUCUUGGAAGAUAUUCAGCCAGCGCUUUUGUCUCGAAGCCAUGGAGCUAUUGACUGAUGUGGUGUUUUAACGGGAGUGUUUAAUAGAACGGGGCCAUGAUUUGGAUAGGAGCUGUUCCUAUAGUCGACUGACAGUUUGUGAUGCUGUGGACAUUUGGAAGUGUAAAGUGUUGUGUUGUGAUGGUUUACUGUUCAGUAGGUGAUUUUCUACUUUUCAAAAUCCCGUAGCUUGAGUCAGUUCUCGUCCGGUUUUGCUUGAGGUAUUUUGCUGUCAAUUUGGGGAAACCGAUAACGCUGAUGACUGCCUCCAAACUCUCUAGCAGCGCUACAUUUCAUCAUUCCUCGUUCAUCUCACGCCAGACCCAGACGCUAAGCGUAAAGGCUCUUACACUUAUCUUAGGCCUGAAUUAAACUACGAGAGGGAUUGAGAAGUGGUGCGUUUCCAAUUGUCAGCGUCGUUUCUUCAACAUUUGUACUUGUAGUGUUUGAAGUGAGGCUUUGAAGGACGAACGUCGCCAAGCUUGUUCACAUCAGCUACAUAUGGUGCGUUGGUAUCCGGGCCCAGUCAUUGCCAUGGACACAAAACCCUUCGCUGUUUUGUUUUAGGAUCAAAGUGUUAUAGCGGAGUUCUAUAAAAUCGAUAUUAAGGUGUGACAAACUCCCCGAUAUAUGAAGCGAAAUGGUGGCUUUCACGGGUAUGGCAUGGAUUGCAUUGUUUAAAGGAAGUGUGAAGGCUAGAAUUAUCCUGGACCAACUGGGGUUCCUAUUGUCCUCUCAUUGACUAUUUUGGAGGUUUGGCUGAAACACUCAUUCAUAUCCAAAUGAUGUAAGCUGUGCUUGGUUUUUCUUUCACAGUGUUUAGAUUUAACAUAUUUUUCUCAUUGGUAUUGGUGUCCUGCAAAUUAAGCCAAAGUGGAGGCAAUAAUUAACGGCGGCAUAGUCCUGCAGGAGCUCAACUCUAAUUCGGAACUCUCCUUCUAUAAAGACGGAAAAAUAGCUGUCCCGGAGAUGAAUCACAGCCGCCAUUCUCACCAUGCUCGAAAAGCAAAUCACACGAGAUCUCACGCAAACAGCAAGCAUGUGCAUGCGAACCACCGUCACUUCCAUCAUAACAAAUUUACCGGUGGUGGUCCAUCCAGCAACUUUGUGGAGUUGGAACUUACUGGCACGGCGCUGUCAGCACAAGGGCUUGACAGCGUUCUGGGAAGCUUUGCGACCUAUGCUCGUUUGAAGGGUAGGUACGAUGACGACUGGAUCGACCGCCUCAACCACCUGUACACGACCAUCAUCCUCGUCAUCUUCACCAUUGUCGUCAGUACUAAACAGUAUGUGGGGGAACCUAUACAUUGUUGGUGUCCAGCCCAGUUUGAGGACAGCCAAGUCGAAUACACCAACAACGUAUGCUGGAUCUCCAAUACAUACUACGUACCCUUCGAGCAAUCGGUCCCCCGCCAUGGUCAGAUGAAGAAAGAGAAGGAAAUAGGCUACUAUCAGUGGGUUCCUAUGAUUCUUCUCUUUCAAGCCCUCCUUUUCAAAGUCCCUUGUAUCUUAUGGAGAAUCCUAACUGCCUCUGCUGGUGUUAAUCUUGACAAGAUUGUCACUCUGGCGGCAGAUACUGCUUAUAUAUCACCCGACGACAGGGAAAGAACUAUAAAACACAUCGUCCGGUAUAUGGAUCGAUGGCUUGAAAAUGCCAGGGAAUACAGGUCUGGUUGCUUCAUUCGGAUUCGUCAACAAAUCGCCAAGUACUGCUGUCUUGUUUGGGGCAAACGCUAUGGUAACUACUUAGUGACCCUCUACAUGUUCAUCAAGCUGUUAUACCUGGUAAAUUCUGUCGGCCAGUUGUUUAUACUUAAUGAAUUCCUGGGAACGAACUUUAAUGUGUAUGGUUUUGAAGUUAUGGACCAUUUGGCACGUGGCGAAGAUUGGGGGGAAUCCCCGCGAUUUCCCAGAGUGACACACUGUGAUUUUGACAUUCGACAGAUUCAGAAUGUACACUCUUAUACAGUGCAGUGUGUGCUGCCUAUUAAUUUAUUUAAUGAAAAGAUUUUUAUAUUCGUUUGGUUCUGGUUAGUUUUUGUGUCCGCCCUAAGUGCCGGUAACUUCUUUAUAUGGGUUUACACUAUGAUUUUCCGCCAGCAUCGUUUAAGGUAUUUGAAAAAGUUUCUUCGCGUGAACGACUGCUACAAAUCAGAGUUGGACAAAAAGAUGGCGGUGAAAUUCGGGGAGCAGUAUUUGAGACAGGACGGGAUAUUUGUGUUGCGUCUGGUUGGCAAAAAUGCGAAUGACGUUCUUGUGUCAGAGCUGAUCCUUCAGCUGUGGAACCAUUACAGGAAUAAACCUUUGUUUAGGCACGCCAACCAGAUCAGUGAUGAUAAUAGUAAUGUUUGACUAGCCGUGCAGAAAAUGCGGACAGUUCAAGUGGUACUUCGCAUGUUGAAGAUAAAGUACGGGUCACUGAGGGCCAACGAGGAGGAGACGGAGCCAUGCACCCAUGACAAUAUUGAGUUAGUUCAGCUCGAGCCCCUCCAGAGAUCAAAUGGUUUCAGUAUCGAGGCUGGCGGGUCUGAAUCGGAAACGGAAACAGAAUCUGAGAGUGAUCAGGAUAUGGAAGAGGCUCUCAAGGUUACAAAGGUAUAGCCCAAAUCCAAAUUUGGGACUGUUUAUUAGACGUGAAUGAUCCUUCGAGGACCCGAUUGUAUAGGUCUUAAUCUAAGCCAAAAUUUACUCAUUAUUCACCGUUUGAAUUAACAAGUGGCACCGUCCAAAUUACUGAACACAUCCAACGGCGAGGCUAGGUUCGUGUGCCAGCUGACUGACAGAGCUUCCUGAUUUUGGUGCUCGUGGAAAGUGAUCACGUGACGGAGAAACUGUCAUAACUGAUGACGAAUUAUGAAAUAUCAGACCAAAUAUGAGCACAUAACCACGUGACUAGAAACAUUAAAUCACCGAAGCCUCUUUUUUCAAAAUUCGAAUUUUGCCAAAUAUUGCCUCAUGCGCUCUUAUCACUUAUAUAUUUGCCAGUCCUCAUUGGAUUUCACGAUCAAAGGAUACAUCAUUCAUGCACUUGUGUCAUUCCAAGCAAAAACAGAAUAAAAAAAUAUUUCUUUUUUUUAGUAAAAUUUCACCAAUGGGUGUAAAUAAGGAAUAUACUAUUCUUAGCUUAGAGUACGGGAAGAUAGAGUUGGACGUCAGUGAUACAAGUAUGGCGUUAAACCGGAUGCGACGUCAUUGGCAUCAUACAUGCAUGCGUUCUACAGACCCUCCUAGCAAUAAGGAAGAUGCAAAUGGUGGUCCUAGACCCGUCGUAUAUCAUUACGUUAUGACACCAAUAUUGUGAUCAUCCUAAAGAUAGCCAGGUCGCAUCCUAGUGAUGUUUUUUUCACGUAUGGAGGUAAUCAUACAAACAUUACAUUUAUCACCAUCUAUGGUUACCUCAUUUCCAUUGUCACAGGAAGACCAAGUUUGGAUUUCUAUUGGAACUAUAUGUAUUGUAUUAAGUACUGUUUCCGAUUGUAGUGUAUAACAUAUAUGGUUUUUUGCAAGUCAUUAACGACAGUGUAAAUCAUUUUGCUUAAAUGAUAGUACGCUUCAGUUUGCCUUAAAAAAUAGACAAUAAUGCUUAGGUUGGGGGAUUUGAUUUAUCUAUAAAACUAUCCAUAUUAAUUCAUCGUUAUAUCACCUUAGUAACUAGAAUCUAGUAUGUGUAGAUCUGAGUAAGACUUUUGUUUGAUAAUUCAAGGUAUUACCAUGUUAACCUUGGCCAGUGAGAUUCCUGUAGAUACUUAGAUGUCAUGGAAACCACGGGUGCUCAAAUAACUAUUUAUUGUUAUAUUUUGUAACCCUUUCAUUGAAGUCGACGGCUUUCGAACGGUUCGGCUGUUUCCGUUUCACGACGCGUAACAUACCGGAAAAAGACGAACUAUUUUGAAAACUAGUUGGCUGUUAGGGACUUCCACAAGCACCAAUGUCUGUCAUGGACGUUUCGAAGUUUAUAGUCAUCCAAACUCGGUCCUUUCUCUGCAUUAACUUAUGUAAACUUAUGAAGUUAUAUUUAUUGUUUAAUGCAAAUGUAAAAUAUCUGAAGCCAAAAUUGUAUUACUGUACAAAGAAAGGGAUACCCCCGCACCUGAAUGUGUGUUAGCGAGUGUGAUAUUUAUGUGAGACUGUAACCACGUUCUUGUUUUUUCACAUUUUUAUGUGUACAAAGUUUUGAAUAUCAUUACUGCCCUUAUGAACUCAUGCAAUGGUAUUCGUCUGUGAUUCGAGACAAUUGUUGUUUAUUUUGCUUUCAUUUGUUACGAGCUUCUAGUCACAUAAUCACAAGUCUGUCCUUUGAUCUGUAGUGAAUUCAAACAAAAAUCUCCAAUGGUAAACUUUAUCAUCGUUCGCAAAGGUAUUACUGUUUUUUGGCGUUGUGAAGUAUAUUAGUGAUGAUAAUUCAAUAAAAAAACGUACAAAUUAUGAAUUAGUCCCGGGCAUAAAAUCAGGUAUUAUGUUGAAAAUCAUUUUGGAAAUUGGCUCAUGUGUUUGUUUAUAUAUUAAUGUCAAUAAAGUUAACCAGUGGAGAAUAUUUUAUGUCCUUCCUAGUGUAGCUUUCUCAAUAAGGCCGAUCUCAUGUUACUUUUUGUCGGUAAACUCCGGUAUUUUCCGUCAACCUAAAAUUCGAGAAAUAUUCAUGAAACAACGUAUCUAAAAUAUUGUAAACUACAAAAAAAUAAUCAAUCCUGAGAAAUACCGGAGCUUACUGAAUGCAUUCAUUUAUAAUGCAUCAUAAGUAAGAAGAAAGGGGCGAAGUCUGAUUUCAUUGCAUCUUUUUCCAUCUUUAAAAAGUUGUCUUUUAAAAUAUGUUUUUUCCGUUAUUGAAACUUUAUUGGUGUAGCACAGUCAGACUUUUUCAUAAAAUCAUUAUAAUAUUUCCGGUAAUUAAACAUGUAUGUUUCAUUUAUAAAUACAAUAUGAUAAUGGACAUGACUAUACGUAUAAUCCCAUGAUACAACAAUCAAAAUGUCAGACUGCUUUUUCUAGACUUUAUCGGUCACAAUUUAUUAUUCAUCAUCACCUACUUAAAUGACUUAUAAUCUGAUUAAACAACAUUUAACCAUAUGAAACAAACAGUGAAAUGAAACCCAUGUUGUAUACUUAAGAUUAUUCUUACUACUUAUACUUAAUACAUUAUAUUUACAUUGAAAAAGACAUAUCCAUAUAGGAAAUCAUUAAAUUGUACGAGCAUUUUGGAUUUUGUCUCAUUUUUAACUUUUACGUGAAAGAGUUAUUACAUUCAUAUAAAUAGAUGUUUAUGGAAUAGGAAUCAAGACUAUUUAUAGACAAAAUAAGAUGCAAAGUGGAUGGGGUGGCUGGAGAAACUACGUUUGCAUAUCUUCUAGUGUUUUCAGCUUCUCUUCGCUGUACCCAUCAUAUUCUAUUGUUUCUUGUUGACGUCUUCAUUAAGAUUUUGGCCUAAAAUGGUGGAUUUCCAUUCACCUCCCUCAAAUAGUUUCUGUCAGAUGGCAAUAAAUAUUUUUACAUAGUACGUUUUUUUCAAACCUAGCAAAAUAUUGGUAGAUAUUGUAUAUGUGAUUAAACUUAUCAAUAUAAUAUUUCGAUACCAAAGAAAAGUUACACCUGAGCAUUUUUACGCCUAUUUGAGAUAUGGAAAAUGAGUUUAACAGCUCAGAUAGUUGAUAAAAAGGUUAGUAAAGGUUAGCAAUAUUCUGUUUCUGCUUAGUAUUUAAAAGGUUUUAAACUUUGAUCACUUUCAUGUUCUGUUGACCCAAACUGUGAAAUAAAUUGAAAUGGAACAGUUAGAUUGUACCCGUGUCCAUCCGUCAUAUAGAAUCCUAUAAAAAUGUUAUGUUGUUUAAAUGGAAAUAUUUAGAAGGUAGUUGAACUAUUACUGAAGACAGUCGUUGAUUUUUAAUUUGUUAGAAAAACUGUAAAAAUUGCCAAAUGUGAUAUAUAGACUGUGUUGGUAUUGAGAGAGUGUUGUAGUUAUGAAAGUGGAACCGGUUUCCAAAACUGGAAUUUAUUUCUAAGCACUUUUGAAACCUUGCUGCACAAAUCAAAGAAUCGAUGGUUCUACAUUGUACAUAAGCGCAAGACGUAAUAAAGCACCUGGUUCUGUUUUCGUUUUUAUAUGUAUAGAUAUUUUGUCACGAGAACUAUUUUCUGAGGAUAUAUAUAUAUUUGCUUUUUAUCUAUUUUCAAACCGGUUCCAGUUUCAAAUAACAGUUGACUCACGGCUGCAGCACAUUGGGUUGCAUGCAUAUCGAUUAUCCAAUGAAACCUCAGAAAGUUGUGAAUUAACCAUCAUGCAUCAAUAUUAGAACGCAGUUCAUGCAAGAAAAUGGGUCCAGUAUGAAAUAAUUUAGUGUUAUUUUUACACACUAGUCUAUAACCUCUGUAUUACAAUCUUACUGAUUAUCAUUCAUAUUUGAAUAUAUCUUAAAUACAUUUUUCAGUAGUAAUUAAGUAGAUUUGGGUGAAACUUUACCACUGAUAUAUCUGUUCAUUGUGAAAUAACAUUCCUUCAUUCGCAAAUCACCAUUGUGGUUUGCAGGUAAAAGUAUUGUACAUGCAAAAUAUAGUGUUCACUCAAGCAAAUUUUAGAGUUUAUUUGAUUUAGAUAAAACUGUAUCAUUAUUUCCAUUACGAAUAAACUAUGCACCGGGA